AUGACAAUCUCUGCGAUGGGAAAGAAACGUGUGGUUCUAGGUUUAGCAAUCUGUCUCAUUCUCUCAAGCUUCCAUGAGGUUUCUUGCCAGGCUGACGCAAACGACGAUCCUAAUCUGAUGUUCGACGAUCCAGAAAAUCCAGGUUUUUCAAGAAUGAGUCCUAUUACAAUAAUUGGGGAUCAGGAUGAAAACGAAAGUGGUAGCGGUAGCGCAGGGGGGAGCAGUGUGGAAAUAAACAGUGCAACGUCUAGUGAGGAGAGAUCAUCAUCUGCGUUUCAGUCAGAUGAAUCAGUGACAAUCCAAGGAGGUUCUUCUUCUCAUGAGUCUGGAGCUGCUAGUGAUCAAGAAGGGACUCCACUUUCGGAUCUAGCGGACCACGUCCGACGUCUAACUGAAGAUUUGUUCACUGGUCGUAAUCUUAAUGUAAAACGUGUAGUAUCUAAGGACGCUGAUGCAAGACGGAAGCUGGACGAGAUUGACCGCGAUAUCAAAGCUGCGGCAGCUCAAAAAAUUGAAGAACAAACAUUUACAAAGACGACACGUCAAAGCAAAUCUGAAGAGUCUAUGGAAAGUAGUAACCAAUUCGAGUCGUCAAAGAAAAGCAAUAGUGGCUCAAGGGUUAUCGGAUCUCUAGGAAUUGGACAGACAGGUAUGUGGCGCUGCGUAAACCAAGACCAAAAUGGUAAUAAGGAAGAUGAUGAUUCUCCCAUCGUUAUACCAAAGUAUAACUUAGAUGACAUCAUCAAGGAAGAAUCCACUUACGAGGGCUCCUCGUCAAAGACCUCUAGCCUCAUAGCAUCGCUGACCGCGAUUGUUGAAAAGCAUAAGCAAGGAAGAGGUUCGUCUUCAAGCGUAAGCAUAGGAAAGCGUACAACUACGGAAAAAACUGAGACGAUAGAGAAGAUAAAAGUGCACCUGAAACAAUAUCGUAAUAUAAAAGUGAAAGAGCUUGUGACUCGUUCAGAUUUCGAGCAGAUACUAACGAUGGCUUCACGUUAUGAGGAGCUGACCUCAGCUUCGGUAAGCUACAUCGCGAGGCUGUCCAAGUACAAGAGUGUGAUAAAGGAAGAAACCAAGGCCACUAAGCGAGUCCAACUUGCACACCAGCGUGCCACCUUGCUCAAUGAGAUGGCUAAUGAGAAACAGACAAGGGUGGAUGCUGAGCUUGAGUUGGUUAAAACUUACGCUCAAAAGGGUGAUGCGUUGUACGUCAAAAUAUUCGCCUUGAAGAAAGCAUUGUUGAAGCUUGAGGCCGAGAAGAAAGAGGUUGAGAUGAGUUUCCAAAAAAUUGUUGCGAAUCUAGCAAUCGUCAUAGAGGAGGCUGCUCGGGCCUACGAGGAGCAUCAUGUGGCUGUGCGGCAGUGGAGAGAGGAGAAAACAUCUCUCGAAUUCUCGUAUGAGGCCAUAGAGAGUGCAGAGAGCGUUUGGGUUAGCUUUCUUGGCACUCUCUAA